GGCCUCUCAGGCGGCAGGCAGUGUCAACAAGUGUCGCACCUACUGCAGAAAACGGCCCUCAAGUUUCAUCACAGUGAUGCUAAAAAAUAUUCUCCAGCUUCAGCAGUGACCUAGUUCAUUCAAGGGCAGGCAAAACAAACUCUUCUUCCAGAGCCUGUUGGGCACGGACUUUUCCCUCUUAGGAAGACAUGAGUUUUUUCUGAAACGGACCCAACUGCGCUUUGAUCUGUCUGUGGACAAGACCUUGAAUUUGAGUCUCUGUCAGGGGACAAGGACAGAAGGACAUCCAAUCAAUGCUUCACAUACAGCCCAGGGGACCCCAACAACGAGCCAGCCCUCCAAUAACGUCUCUCGGAUAAACAGUAUUAAAAAAUCACGUGGCAUGAAAGGAUGAGAGAUCCAGGCUGCCCUGAGAGGCACACACUAUGUUUCUUAUCAACGUUACUAUCCCAGAAGGUUCCGGAGAAGUCGGACGUCGUGCUUCGAUGCAUGAUAGCUGGUCAGCCCAAGCCAGAGGUGACUUGGUAUAAGAAUGGUCAAGCUAUAGACUCGGGAGGCACUGUUUCCAGUUAUGAGUUCUUUGAGAACCAAUAUAUUCAUUUGCUACAUCUCUCAGGCUGUACCCAGAGCGAUGCCGCUGUUUACCAGGUCUCAGCAAGAAACUGCGUGGGGAUGAUCUGCUGUUCGGCAUCCCUUGAGGUCCAGUGUCUGCAGGACCCACAGGUCUCUCCUGAUCCAGGAGGCGGCAGGGAUGUGGCUGGCGAGUGUAGAACAGAGAUACAUGAAGAAGACAGCAUAAACCACACGGACGAGAAGUGGAAUCCUUGUAAGAAAGAAGAAAGCGCAGCUGAUUCCUUCCCCGACAAAUUCAACCAUUUGAGUUCACCCCAGAUAGUGGCUAGUGGUGACUCUGGUGCUUCCAAUUCUGAGAACCCCCAAUGUGUUAAAGAGACAGGACAAAGGAUGGAGCAGUACAAUUCAAAUAACAUGCAAGAAAAUUCCUUUAAUUCCAAUAACACUAUUGAAAAACAAGAUGUAUCCCAACUCCGGACAGCACAUGCCACUGUGCCAGGGUUAAUUAGUGAUGGCCUAGGAUAUGAAGAAUCUAAUGAGAGUGUCAGCCCUAGGCAUCAAACCCCCAAAGUACAGAAAUACAUCAGUUUCAGUCUUCCACUGCCAGAGGCGACCCUGUGUCCUUACCCAGAUGACAACGGCUCCAUCAACAUGCAGCCAGGACCCCAGGUUUCCAGUGAAGACUCUGACAGUGACUACGAACUUUGCCCAGAGAUAACCCUAACCUACACGGAGGAGUUUUCGGAUGAUGACCUGGAGUAUCUGGAAUGUUCCGAUGUUAUGACGGAUUACUCUAAUGCGGUCUGGCAAAGGAGCCUGCAGGAGACUGACCGAGUUUUUUUAUUAGAAAGCGAUGACGAAGAGAUGGAAUUCAAUGAGUGUGGUCGGGGUGGGUGUGAGCAUUUCUUCAGUGAAAUGGGUUGUGGGCCUCAGGUGUCGGGUGGCAUGUGGUCUAUGAAUGUCGCCACAGGCUUCUGUAGUUAUCACUCACAACCCCAGGAAGUGGGGGUCAGGAGCAGCGGAACCUCUGGGCAUAGCCCGUUACCCCUGCAUUCACAAAUGACUCUUACUCUGGGACCUCACCAGGAUGGAACAGCUAAGAUGACAGAACUGGGGAGGGCUCCACUCCCUACUGCUCCUGAGACUGUUGAAAAUGAUUGUUCAGGAAUUCGGGGAGAAACCAGAGACAACCCUGAAGCAGGAGAGGAAUUCUCCGGUGACAAUCUACAGACUAUGGAUAAGGCAGAGACAGAGGCAUCGGUGAAGCCCUUGUCUGGGGGCGCAGAUAAGACAGAGCUGAACCAGGGUUUGGAAAGCCUGGCUCGGAAACGCACAGACGAAAAGUACCCAGGCACCAGGAAGGCAGCCCUGAGACCCACCAGGGCAAGGCGGCCGGGAAUGAAGACAAACGCCAAGAAACAGCUGUUGAGAGACAGUGUCCCCAAAGGCACUCUUGAUUUCCUCCCCAGCGAACCAACUAGGCAACCCUUACCCGGGAGCUAUGGACAAGAGCCCCCACACACGGAGGCAGGAGCUCCUGGCUGGGAUUCCCACUUCCACACAGAAGUGUGUAUUCCACUUCCUGCAGAGCAAGACUCCAAAAUCCUUCGACCACCAGCAGACCCACUUUCCAAGGAAGAGGACAGCAGCUUCGAGGGAGGUGGGGCACCGCUUAAUAAAUUAUCUGAAGCAAGCCAGAUUCCAGACCAGACUGACCAUCUUCAGAUGCAAAUUCAGGAAACCAUUGGGGAGAGCAGUUCUCUAGGUCAGAUGUCGGCCUUUCCAGUGCCUGCUGAGGAGUUGUCUACAUUUUCCGGGGCCACGAUACAUUCUGCCUCCUACUUGAGUGAGAUCAACAGGGAAAAUUUGUCAUUGACCCAAGACCCGGGCCUGGAAAGCUGUCCUCAAAGCCUCCAGCAGGAAGGCCGACCGAACAGAGACGGUGACUUGCCUGGUGCUCUCUGGGCACUGAGUCCCCUAGAAGACAAUGAGGAAGAAGUGUUGCAGCCUCCAGCCUCGGUGGCUCUCCCUCAGGGUGAUGGUGUCCACUUCAGGCAGUCAGAGGCUCUCUCUGAUGCUUUCCCCCAGCCCACGGCUCCCUCCCUCCCCUUGGAAAAUGUGGGCAGUGGGUCAAGGGUCAGAGAAGUUGCAUAUGGGGUGGGGUGUUUUGAAGCCGGUGACCAAGAAACAUGUUUUGCUACCAUGGAUCUCCUUGUUGGAGCACCAGUUGAUAAAUAUUUGCCUCAAGAAAUUUGCCCCGAGGACUUGGAGCUGACAGAAGGUCAAAGCGAAGUAUGUGAUUUAUAUUCUCCUGACAAGAUACUGGCUGUUCUACAGACACAAGGUUCUGAGUCUCCACAGUCCACAGACAAGAGCAGCCAGGAUGGGAAGUCAGCCGAGGGCCCUCUUUUUAACAGUACCUUCACCUGGGACACAGCACAGGAGACCAGUGAAGAUGCUUUGGGAGAGACAGCAGCUGAUGUGGGGAAUCCUCCCUCCAUCUUCGCUUCCACACUACCCUACAAUGAAAGAGGGUUUGGGGAGUCACAGCCCCUUUAUUCUGAGACUAUCUCCUUUGUAAAGGAUAGUGAAGGGGGCUAUGGAGGUUCCAGUCUCAGUGUCCCGGUUGCCAUAGACACACUUGCCAGCUAUAGUUCUGAUGGGGAGUGCUCAAAAGAGCAGUCAGCCGAACCAACUGCUAAUGUCUCCUGCCAUCAGGUGACCAGGGAGACGGAGGGCAUAUCAACUAAUGCCACUGAAGUCCAUGAAAUCAAAUGUCACUCCGUUUCUGUUCCCCAGGACAAUGACUUUGAUGUUGGUGCCGAUCAAGCCUUGUGUGAGGCUCGAGAUGAAGAUAAUUCCCAAUCUCUCCCUGAUGACAACCCACAGUCAGGUCAUUCAUUAAGUAGCACCACAGGUGAAGCAACCGGGAAGACUCUUGUCCCAGCGCCGAGCAGUGCAGGAGCUCAUGGCCACUUCUCUGUGCCCGAGGGACAGGGUUUGUGUAGCAGGGCUCUUCAGAUGGAUAACCAGCCUGGGUAUCAGAGCCAGGCUGUGGAGGGAGCCCACAGCAGAGGCCUUGAAGAGGACUUCCAAGAAAAGGGAAGUGGAACGAAGCACCGCAUCCUGCCACAGAGCACAUCGCACCAGGUUUCUCUUUCUGCAAAUGACUUCCAAGAAAUUUUGCCCUCCAUACCCACCACGCAACAGGAGGACAAUGUGGAACCCUUGGAGCACUCCCUAGCAGAUUCCAGGGAAGAAAUUGAGUGUGGCUCAGACCCAAGGACCAGUGUCUCAGAGGCGGCUGAGAAGACUGUGGGAGAAGACAGUCAUUUGGUCGGCAGUGUCCCAGCUCUCCCUGACAUCCUCCUUGGAGAGAAAGAUGACGCUGGACUAGGGAGUUGGGCUGUGGGUGGCAAAGUGAAGAUCAUAACUCUAGAAGCUCCUGUCUUUGAAAUCUGGCCACCAGAACUAGUGAGGCAUCCUGGGUACAAGGAGGCAGAAGUUGGUCUCACGAUGCCUGGUAGGAGCUGGGCUCUAUCUGACAUCCUCAGAGCAGGUGCCACCAGACCCCAGCCAGGUGCCUUAGAAGGAGCAGCAUGGGUUCCCAGCCCUCAAGCUGACACUCUCAUGGCCCUUGGAGCGAACAGGGACACCUGGCAAGGUGCUGCACCAGACAGACAAGCAUACCGCAAUUGUCUGUCUUCCCAGGGUCUGGGCCAACCCCUACUCCUGGAGUCAUCUGUAGACCCUGUCGAGGACAAGGAGUUAGAGGUCACGGACUCUCCAUCAGAGGUUUCCAAAACUGGAGAGAUGGAAAUGGCUGAGACACUGAAUGAGGAACAGGAGGAAACCCAGCAGACGCUGCAUCACCCCGCCUUCGUUAACCAGUCGGUGAACUUCCCUAGGAUCCUGGAAUCCUCUGUGGACCCCAUUGACGACAGGGGUGAGGUCGAGGGUGUCUGGCCUGAGAAGCCAGAGCCCUCUGACUUCAACAUAGAAGGAAACGAAUUCAUUGCUGGAAACACGUGUCAGAGGGUAAAGAUCCAACCCACUAGCCUACAGCUCCCACAUCCCCAGGACAGCGGGGAAAUCAUUCCACGUGAACAUAUAACCAACCAAAAUCACAUAGAGCUAGCAGAUGCCAAAGCCAGUCAGCUGUAUGAAGCAAAAGCGGAAGCAGAAGCUGCUAUUUGGCAAGCCCAGGGUCCUGGUGAAGAAAGUCAAGGAAUUCCAAGUGUAUGCAACAUGAGCCAAACACAAGAUGGUGGUGACAGAAGCCUAGGAGAAUCUGGGCAAAGGGGAAAGGAGGAGAGCAAGGUCAUUUCCCCCCUGUCUCCUCUUUCUAGUUGUCUCACAGGAAUGACGCAUACAUCUGUCAAGGCUGAUACCAACAACUCCACAGGCCACAUUUAUGGCGGAUCUGAGCCCAGAACCAAUCAAAGUGUAAUUCCUAUGAAGAAAGAAAAGGGAACCACCGAGAACAAGUAUGGGAAACCUGUGCCCUUUUCAGAAGAUCUCACAGACACCCCUUGUACUUCAUCUCCCAAAGGAAAUGUCACACGCUUGUCAAUAAGCCAUGACAUGGAGGAACUGAAAUCAGAGGAGCUUCAAAUUGCAGAAACCAAACCCCUAAACUUAUCUGACUCCCCAACAAUGACCUUGGCUCUCAUUUCAGGAGAAUGUGAGUCAGAGAAAGACCCCGAAAGCUUGUUAUUUAGGGACCCAUGUCCAAAGGGUUCCGCCCUGGGUAGCGGGAAGAAGUCCAGAGAUGAACAGCAGAGGCCUGUGGCAGCCCGGGUCAGCAAGGCACCUGGGGACCAAUCAGCAAUGGCUGGGUCAGAGGAGGGCAAGAAGAAGCAAGAGGCUUCUGGGAGUGGACACUUGACUGCAGGGAUAAAGAAGAAAAUUCUAUCCAGGGUGGCAGCCCUGAGACUGAGGCUGGAAGAAAAGGAAAACGCAAGGAAGAACUCCAUCGUGAAGAAGACACCUAAGUUUGAAAGGUCUUUGUCCCGUACUGAUGAGAAAAGAGACCCCAAAAGGGCCCCUUGCAAAGCUGAAGGGAAAGCUCCAGUAUUGCUGAAGAGGAUCCAGGCCGAGAUGGCUCCCGAGCACUCCGGAAAUAUAAAGUUGAGCUGCCAGUUUUCAGAAAUCCAUGAAGACUCUACCGUUUGCUGGACAAAAGAUUCCAAGUCGAUAGCCCAGGUCAAGAAAAGCGCAGGGGACAACUCCAGUGUUUCCUUGGCCAUCGUCCAAGCUGGUCAGAAGGACCAGGGCCUGUAUUACUGCUGCCUCAAGAACAGUUAUGGAAAAGUCACUGCUGAGUUUAACCUCACAGCUGAAGUUCUCAAACAGCUUUCAAGUCACACGGAAUAUAGAGGAUGUGAAGAGAUUGAAUUCAGCCAACUCAUCUUCAAAGAAGAUGUUUUCAAUGACAGCUACUUCGGGGACCACCUACGUGGCCAGAUCUCCACGGAGGAGCUUCACUUUGGUGAAGGGGUGCACCGCAAAGCUUUCCGGAGCACGGUGAUGCAGGGCCUCAUGCCGGUCUUCCAGCCCGGCCACGCAUGCGUACUCAAGGUGCACAAUGCCGUUGCCCAUGGGACCAGAAACAAUGACGAACUUGUACAGAGAAACUACAAACUCGCUGCCCAGGAGUGCUACGUUCAGAACACUGCCAGAUACUACGCCAAGAUCUAUGCUGCUGAAGCAGAGCCUCUGGAAGGCUUCGGUGAGGUGCCAGAGAUCAUUCCUAUUUUCCUUAUCCGUCGGCCGGAGAACAACAUCCCUUAUGCCACAGUGGAAGAGGAGCUGAUUGGAGAAUUCGUGAAGUAUUCCAUCCGGGACGGGAAGGAAAUCAACUUCCUCAGACGAGAUUCAGAGGCUGGCCAGAAGUGUUGCACCUUCCAGCACUGGGUGUACCAGAAAACAAGCGGCUGUCUCCUGGUCACGGACAUGCAGGGUGUGGGAAUGAAGUUAACUGACGUUGGCAUAGCAACACUAGCUAGAGGGUACAAAGGAUUUAAGGGCAACUGUUCCAUGACCUUCAUCGAUCAGUUUAGAGCACUGCACCAGUGUAACAAGUACUGUAAAAUGCUGGGGCUGAAAUCUCUUCAAAACAGCCAGAAACCCAAGAAGACAAUCCUCGGGAAAGGCAGGGUUCCGACUAACGCCACGCCAGUGAAGACGCCCGAGUCUGAGACACCGCCCGCAGAAAAGAAAACCUAGCACCCCUCCUCCUUCCGUCACCAGUGACCACCAAGCCAGCAUCGCACAGGCUUGCAAGUGGACAUCUGCAAACACACCGGGGACACGAGCCUGCAGCCUGCAGCCUGCAGCCGAGUGCCAAUCCUCUCAGCUCCUAUCACUGGCUGGCUGCUGAAAUGACAAUGGCAUGGAUCUUCCAGACUAGCCUUGUAGGGAGACUUAGCAGUUCUGUUGAUGCUCUUAAAGACAGCCCACUGUUUGUGUACACAGCUUGCCUAUCUAUACACACCCUCCCCUCCCACUGCAUUGUCCAUCUGUGUGUCGCACGUGGUUUGUUGACAAGAGUUCCCCCGCUGCCUUGUGAUCAGCCACUGUCAAAAUCCUUCCCACCUCGACCCCUCAUCUCAGGAUGUCUGGACGUUCCUGCUGUUAUGAGUGUCAAGUUGUUGUCAGUGUCACCGACGCUAUUGUUGCUGGAGGUGGCUUCCCAGAUGUGAGCCCAUUCCCCGCCACUACCCACGCAGCCUGGCACAGUGUUCUGUUCCAUUAAAUUCAUAUCUAAGCAAAAA